AUGCGAACUGUAACUAACUGUUACAUGGUCAGUCUGAGUAUCUCCGAUUUGUUUAUGGCUUCACUCAAUUGUCUACCAAACUUUAUUUAUAUGCUCAACUCUGAUUGGGCUUUUGGUCUGGAACUUUGCAUGGCAUCUAAUUUCAUUGCCUACUGGACAGUCGCAUCAUCAGUCUUUACGUUGGUCGCAAUCACCCUCAAUAGGUACAUGGCCAUUGUGCAUCCACUACGACAUAGGAGAUCAAAGACGAGAACUCAAACGGUGCUUGUUCUCAUUUGGCUAAUCAGUGUGUUUCUAGCGUUGCCGUGCAUUUUAUAUUCUGACCUUAAAACAAAAAGGUACAUGAAUGGAGAACUAAGAAGGGCGUGUUAUAUGCUCUGGCCAGAUGGAAGGUACCCGAAUUCUAAAACCGAAUACAUAUAUAACAUUUUGUUUCUUUGCGUCACUUAUAUAAUACCAUUGGCCGUGAUGGCUGUAUGCUACUCUAUUAUGGGUAGAGAACUAUGGGGAAGCAAAACCAUUGGACAGAUGACACAAAGACACGUGGAGUCAAUCAAAUCGAAGAGAAAAGUCGUGAGAAUGUUUGCUGUAGUAGUGACAAUUUUUUUAAUUUGUUGGUUGCCUUAUCACUCGUAUUUCGUAUACGCUUACCACAACAAAGGCAUAGUAGUGAAAACGUAUGUGCAAGAUCUGUUCCUGAGCUUCUACUGGUUAGCAAUGUCAAAUUCAAUGGUGAAUCCGAUAAUUUAUUAUUGGAUGAAUCCUAGAUUCCGAGCAUAUUUCAAGUUAAUCAUAUGCUACUGCGGAGGCAUAAGAAACCCUGACAAAGCGUCUAUUGACCUUAACGUGAUUCGAAUGAACGGUGAAUCUCACUAUUACCUGACCCGGUCCAAAUCAGGUCCAGUAUCGUUGGGAGUCCAACACUUGCGGCGCCCACCAGAAACCCAAGUAUUAUGUCUACCCAGAGGCUACAGCGAAGUAGUACGGCACUCACCAAACCCACAAAAUAAUCAAGAGACAAAGGCGAUUCAAAGUUCUAGGCUUCAGAAACUACAGAAGACUAGAAAACUUUCUACACAGAAGCCUAUCUAUAAUCAAUGA